CCCAAAUACCAUUGCUCUUCUUUCAGGGCAGACAGGCAAGCUGAUGUACGUGAUGCACAACUCCGAAUAUCCCCUCAGCUGCUUCGCUCUCUUUGAGAACGGUCCCUGCCUCAUAGCAGAUGCCAACUUUGACGUCCUCAUGGUGAAGUUGAAAGGCUUCUUCCAGAACGCCAAGGCCAACAAGAUAGAGAGCAGGGGCACCCGCUACCAGUACUGUGACUUCUUGGUGAAGGUGGGCACGGUUACAAUGGGGCCCAGUGCGCGUGGGAUAUCUGUGGAGGUGGAGUACUGCCCCUGCGUGAUAGCCAACGACUGCUGGAACCUGCUCAUGGAGUUCAUGCAGAGCUUCAUGGGGAGCCACACUCCCGGCAUCCCGUCCGUGUUCAGCACCAAGCACGACAGCGUCUACAGCCCCGCGGACACCAUGGCUCAGUACAUGGAGCUGUUCAACAAGAUCCGCAAGCAGCAGCAGGUGCCCGUCGCGGGGAUCCGAUGAAAGGGCUCCUGGGAGCCCCGUCUGGAGCAGCUGCAUCCUCCGUUCUGCCUGCCGGUGUGGAUCAGGAGUCCCUCCAGAAAGCAGCAUGGAGGCAGCCCAAGGGUUGUUUUUUUGUUCUUCUCAGUCUUUUUCCCCUGUUUCAAAGGUUUUGAGCGCUGUGCGUAUUUCUCCUUGUCCUCCUUC